UUGGCCGUCAACACAGCGGCCAUUUCGCCAUUGUUUACAUUAGAUGAACCGCAUCGUGAUAAGGUCAUGGAAGAAAAAGUACGGGAAAAUUUGUCAGACGUGUCGAUUUAUGUGAAAGGGUUAGACACUGAAGCCAGAUUGAGGUAUUUCUCUAAACUCAAGUACGAGAAUGGUCUGAAAUCACUUCAAGACCCUUACAAAAUCCCGAUUGAAAAAUGGAGCAGAGAUGUGACUAACUGGCCGAUUAUUGAGUUCGGACAGAUCUACAUGUACCUAAUUCUCAGCCCAGCCAUUUUCAACCCGACAUCAAUGCGAAACUACAAAAGUUUGGAGGCUUACAGGUAUGUGGAAAGCGGUCACGUGCAAGUGGUGUACUACUAUGAUGUCGCAGACAGCCCGUAUUGCUUCCUUCGUGCAGCUGUCACGCCAUCAAUGAGAACUCGAGAUGAACCCCACUUAGCCUGGGUUUGCCUGAAGAAGGAUUCUGGAGAUGUUUACUGCGCUCAUUUUAAUUGCAUGGCAGGAUUGGGAGAAACAUGCAGUCACGUUGCAGCGAUACUAUUCAAAAUGGAGAUUGCUGCGAGAUGGAAGUUUACGGAAAAGUCUUCAACAGAUGUGGGCAGAAUGUGGAAUCAGCAUUUCAAAGAACAGGUUGAUCCUGCUCCGGUAACCAACAUGCAGCAUCUGUUCGGAAACAGAAAGAAGACGGUUGCAUCAGUAACACCAUCCGGCAAGGACCCACUUCCAAGUGAAGAGAUACUGAUCGCAUUAUAUCAGGCUUGCCCCAACGCGUCCUUCUUCAACCUGAUUCCCGAGAUGUUCCCAGGGCAAAGGAAACCUCCACAAGCUAAAGAAGAUCCCCUGCCAUUUAUGCCAAUGAGCUUGUACAGAGAAGAGGGUAAAGAGAUGACACCAACUGAAGUCCUUAGGGCAGUGGACGACCUGAUUGCCAAUACCAAGGUAACUCAAGAACAGGUCAUCGCUCUAUACAACAAGACCAAGACCCAGAACAUUUCUCCACUUUGGUACAAUCACAGGAAGGGUCGUAUAACAGCCUCUAAAGCCCAUGAAGUAUUGACUUUGAGGGAGUCAACCUGCAGAGACAAUCUGGUCAUGCGGGUCAUUGGGUACAAGACUUACAACUUGAGCAACAAGGAGAGCAUCAAGUGGGGACUGGACAAUGAGAGCGUUGCAAGGGACCUGUACACCAAGCACCUCCAAAGUCAGCAUACCAACUUUGAUUGCGUGCAGUCGGGUUUUAUGGUGUAUGAGACAUGUCCCUUUUUUGGUGCUUCAGCGGAUGGAGUUAUCAGCUGUAGCUGUUGCGGAACAGGAACCCUAGAGAUCGUGUCCCUUCAAGCACCGUGGAGCCACAAUACAAGAAGCUGCAAUAUCAGACAAGGACUUUUGUAUUGAUGGAAACAUGCAGCUUAAAACUGGACACAAGUACUACACACAAGUGCAAUUCCAACUGUUCGUGUCUGAGGUACAAUUUUGUGACUUUGUCAUCAUGACACAGCCAGCCUCUGGAAACUCGAUGCUAAUUGUACGCAUUUUCAGGGACAAUGUGUUUAUUGACAAGCUUCAUAAAUGUUGUCAAGAUUUUCUGAAGAAUCACCUUGUGCCCGAGAUAUUGACUCAGUGCCUUAAAAACAAGGAAACAACUGCUAUUAAACACAAAGAGAGUGAUGUGCUUUGGUGCAUUUGUAAUGAACCUGAAUAUGGUAAGAUGAUAAUGUGCUCCAAUGAACAAUGCCUGAAGGGUUGGUACCAUUAUGGUUGUGUAAACAUUAAAAGAAAGCCCAGGGGCAAGUGGGUUUGUGCUCUGUGUAAAUAGUAACUUGAAUAAUGAAUAGUCGUGACAUAUAAGGCACAGAAGUUUAGUUAUGAUAUGAGUCUUGUUCUGCGAAAACUGGGCAUAAUGAUUGUGCGUAAAGUGUCGUCCCAGAUUAGCCUGUGCAAUCCGCACUCUUUCCGCUUUUAUGACAUUUUUCGUUUAAAUAAAGUCUCUUCUUAGCAAAAAUCCAAUUAAGACGGAAAGUGUCAUCCCUGAUUAGCCUGUGCAGACUGCACAGGCUAUUGUGGGACGACACUUUACGCACAUGCUAUGCCCAGUUUUCUCAUAACACGACUCAUAUAGUCAUGUAACUGAAUUGUUUCGUUACAUAAUUUACUCAAACUGUGAUAAGCCGUGGUCUGUACAUAUUUGUUUUGUUCUAUUUUUUUGUGUGAAAAUUGUGAUAAGCAGAAUAAAUCUGUCUGGUGUUUGUCAACCCUUUCAAUAUGAAUACCAUUUGACUUACAUUAUAUUAUUAACAGAUUUUGUUCAUUUAUUAAAUUAUUAAUUUAGAAUAAAUUAUGCUUUAUUCUUGUACUAGAAACAAGUUCCAACAUAAUUCUUAUACUAAUGUGCUUUAAAUCUGUUUUCAGUUCAAACAUAGGUUUAGUGAUCGGUAUACCUAUGCCCCGCAUUUAGCAGCAUUGCUAAUAUAACCCAUAUGACAUACAGUUUUCAAAAUAUUGUAUUUAUGUAUGCAUGAUAUUAGAUAAAGCUAUUUAUUAAAUGUAAAUUAUGAUGUGUAUAUGUGCUAUCAAACUGUUUGGAUAUUUCACCAUACAUUGUAUUAUCUACCUAUCGCUGUUUCAUCAAUGCAAUUACAUUAUACAUAUGUAGCGCACAUAAAGGCUAAGAAUUUAUUUUUAAAGGGACUUGUUUGCAAAUUGUUAUGCAGCCUUAUGUAUAAAAUUAUUACAAAAGACAGCUAACAUUUGCAUAAACAGCUUAAUUUAGC